GCGGGGCGCUCCGUCUCCCUCCUCCACGGACGAGCAAUUAAAGAUGGAAUCUUCCGAGAACUGGUCCGGUCCGGAUGCUGCACCGACCCUGGUGGACGUGGACACCGCGGUGCUGCUGCUGGGCGCGGGGGUCACAGCCGCCACGCACCCGCUGCUGUACGUGAAGCUGCUCAUCCAGGUGGGACAUGAACCUCUGCCCUCCACUGUGGGCACGACUAUGUUCGGACGAAGAGUCCUCUACCUGCCCGGCUUCUUCUCCUACGCGCAGCACAUCGUGAAGGUGGACGGAAAGAGAGGGCUCUUCCGCGGCCUGUCGCCUCGCAUCGUGUCCAGCGCCAUCUCCACUGUGGUCAGGAGCAAAGUUAAACAGCAGGUGGAGAGUCUUUCUAAGAGAGAGGACCUGCAGACUUCACUCAGUAAAGUGGUCAAAGAGACCUCACAUGAGAUGAUCAUCCAGUGCCUGUCCAGAAUAGCCACUCAUCCUUUUCAUGUAAUGUCAGUGCGGUGUAUGGCCCAGUUUGUUGGCAGAGAGGUCAAGUACGGCGGGAUGUUCAGCUGCAUCGUCAAGAUUUUUAAGGAGGAAGGAGUCGCUGGAUUCUAUGUUGGUCUCUUACCCCACGUAGCAGGAGAGGUCAUCUUCCUGUGGUGCUGUAACCUCCUGGCUCACUUCAUCAACACCUACGCCGUGGAUGAAAGUUUCAAUCAGGCCUCAGCCAUAAGGAGCUACACUAAGUUUGUGAUGGGCAUUGCAGUGAGUGUUCUAACAUAUCCGUUCAUGCUGGUGGCUGAUCUCAUGGCCGUCAACAACUGUGGCUUGGCUGCAGGUCUUCCUCCUCAUUCCCCCGUCUUCAAGUCCUGGCUGCACUGCUGGAACCACCUGAGCAACAAAGGUCAACUCUUCAGAGGAUCCAGCUUCUUUUUCCGCCGGGUGCCGGUGACCUCGCUGCCCCACAUCAAGGACUGACAUCAUCAACUUCAACGUCGUCAUCAUCAUCAUCAUCAUCAUCAUCGUCAUCACCUGCUGGGUGCUCUUCCUCCUCGCGCUCACAAACAUUUCCCUCCAGAUGUAGCAGGAGCAGCAGAGACACAGUUCAAGGAGCGCCAAUGAACUUUUCCAGUUAACCUGAAGCUUCUUAAAGCUACGACAUCCGUUUGAACAGGGAGUGUGACGGGUUUAAUAUUUGCAUCUAUUCAUCUCCAAUUACAGAUAAAAUGACAUGAAUGCUUUAAUGAGUCUAGUUGCUCUCUCAUGGGGUCCAUGUCCUAUUGACCUGAGCUUUCGGGCACUCCUCUGAAGUGGUUUGUAACACUUUCCAGCUGAGAUAUUAAAAUGGAUUUGUUCAUAUUUACAUACAUAUAUAACUUGUUGUGAAGGAAAAAGUGUUUGCAGAUCAAUAGAAGUUUACAGCAGUGAUUCCCAAACACUGGGUUGGGACUCACAGGUGGGUCGCAGGAGAUUUUAUUAGGGUCGCAAAAUAAAUAACCCGAAUUUCUUUUGACUCUUUGAUUCAACAUUUAUAUCUGCAGUUCACCUUUGAGCCACAUGAGGGAGCCUGAUAGUCAUGUUCAGAUAAUUGUAUCUCACUUACAACAUUGGAUCUAAUAUGAAAGGUUGGGGUACAUCCUGUUAGUCUUACUGAGGAGAGGAAUGAUGUUAACUCUUCUAAAGUAUCUUACGUGUGUAUAUGUUUUCACAAAAGAAAAAAAGAUGAAUACACCUUAUCUGGUAAUGAGUUACUAUGUAGCUAUUACAAGAAAAGAUGGCGUUAUUAUGAAGAAGGGGCCGUCUACAAAGGCGCAACACUGAAGAGACACAAACAUUUUAAAUAACUUCAUUCUCACGCAGUGUAUUGUGACCAACAUCUAUUCAUAUAUUAAUGGGAACAAUGUGAGAAAUACCCGAACGGCCCCGGAUCAGAUUUGUCCAGAGUUGGUGUGUUUGGGUCCACAAACAGAAGUGAAGACAUGCUCGCUCUUUUACGGCUCAGUCUGUGUCAUUCGUUGUUGCUGGUUUUGCUACAACACUUUGAACACUGGAAAAAUUGCGCUUUUGUAUAAUUUUGGUGAUUUGUUUUUAUUGUGAAUAAUAUUCAAUUUCUUCACUGUUAUAAAAUGAAG